GCAGAAAUAUCGACACAUUAGAGUAUUUGAUAUAAAAAAUAUAUCUGGUAUUAGUGAACUGAAUUGCGUUAAUUGAAAAUGGCAGCAAGAUUUGUUAAAAGGUAAACAAAUAGUAGAAAUGGCUUCGUUAGGCAUUCUUGCGCAAAAAACUUUUAAAUAUCAUACAAUGUGGACACCUUUACUAUCUGGUGUUCGCAGUGGUUAUAUGAUUCCAAAAUGGCAUCUUGAUCCUCUUGCGAAUAAAGAAGAAUUAGCAAAAUUGGAAGUAGAUGGAAAACUUGAAGCUUUAAAGGCCAUGCCUGUUAAACCGGCACCUUCAAACUUGACAAAUUCACUUUAUGAUGAUCCGGUUGUUAAACAUUUUACCAACGUAUGCAUGCAGUGGGCUAAUCGUACCCUCGCUAGACAACUGGUGUUUGAUACUUUUACGCGAAUCAAACUCAUACAACUUUCGAAAUAUCACAAAGCAUCUGCAGAGGAAAAAGCUUCGAUUGAGUUAGAUCCUAAAAAAAUAUUUCUACAAGCAAUUGAAAAUUGUAAACCUGUGCUAAGCGUCAUGAAAAUUAAAAAAGGUGGUAUUGCGUACCAAGUACCUGUUCCAAUUACUAAUAAAAAAGCGACAUUCAUGUCCAUGAAAUGGUUAGUCAUGGCUGCAAGGGAUAAAGAGGGUCCUAUCAGCUUUGUUGAUCAAUUGUCAAAAGAACUGUUGGAUGCUUACAAUUCAGAAGGACGUGUUAUCAAAAGAAAACAAGACUUGCAUAAAUUGUGUGAAACCAACAAAGCAUAUGCUCAUUAUCGAUGGUCUUGAAUAAAAGUGUUUUUGUUUA